UCCCUGCUCUCCCCUGGCCCCUCCUCCUGGGCCGCCCCAAUGAAGGAGCCGGAUGCCAUCAAGCUGUUUGUGGGGCAGAUCCCGAGGCAUCUGGAGGAAAAGGACCUGAAGCCCAUCUUCGAGCAGUUUGGUCGGAUCUUCGAGUUGACUGUCAUCAAGGACAAGUACACCGGGCUGCACAAGGGAUGUGCCUUCCUGACAUACUGUGCCCGCGAUUCAGCCCUGAAGGCCCAGAGUGCCCUGCACGAACAGAAGACUCUCCCAGGGAUGAACAGGCCCAUCCAGGUCAAGCCGGCCGACAGCGAGAGUCGAGGAGAAGAUCGGAAGCUCUUUGUGGGGAUGCUAGGAAAGCAGCAGACAGAUGAGGACGUCCGGAAGAUGUUUGAACCAUUUGGGACCAUAGACGAGUGCACUGUGCUUCGGGGGCCAGAUGGGACCAGCAAAGGCUGUGCCUUCGUGAAGUUCCAGACUCAUGCUGAGGCCCAGGCAGCCAUCAACACCCUUCACAGCAGCCGGACCCUGCCGGGUGCCUCAUCCAGCCUGGUGGUAAAGUUUGCUGACACGGAGAAGGAGCGAGGUCUCCGCCGAAUGCAGCAGGUGGCUACCCAGCUGGGCAUGUUCAGCCCGAUCGCCCUCCAGUUUGGAGCCUACAGCGCCUACACCCAGGCCCUGAUGCAGCAGCAGGCAGCGCUGGUAGCAGCUCACAGUGCCUACCUCAGCCCUAUGGCCACCAUGGCUGCCGUACAGAUGCAGCACGUGGCUGCCAUCAAUGCCAAUGGCCUCAUCGCCACCCCUAUCACUCCAUCCUCAGGAACCAGCACCCCUCCUGCCAUUGCUGCCACGCCCGUCUCUGCCAUCCCUGCUGCCUUGGGCGUCAACGGCUACAGCCCGGUGCCCACCCAGCCCGCAGGGCAGCCUGCCCCUGAUGCUCUGUAUCCCAACGGGGUUCACCCUUACCCAGAUGAAGCUCUGUCAGCUGAGAGGGACGCUGGUGGGGUUCCCAUCGUGUCCCAUCCCAGACCCCACUCAUGGCUUGUGGUGCUCCCUUCAGCCCAGAGCCCUGCUGCCCCUGUGGACCCUCUCCAGCAGGCCUAUGCGGGAAUGCAGCACUACACAGCAGCCUAUCCUGCAGCCUACAGCCUGGUUGCACCUGCGUUCCCGCAGCCUCCAGCCCUGGUUGCCCAGCAGCCCCCACCACCACCUCAGCAACAGCAGCAGCAACAACAGCAGCAGCAACAGCAGCAGCAGCAGCAACAACAACAGCAACAACGGGAAGGCCCUGAUGGCUGCAACAUCUUCAUCUACCACCUGCCCCAGGAGUUCACAGACUCAGAGAUCCUCCAGAUGUUUGUCCCUUUUGGUCAUGUCAUCUCAGCCAAAGUCUUUGUUGACCGGGCCACCAACCAGAGCAAAUGUUUUGGCUUUGUGAGUUUCGACAAUCCGGCCAGUGCCCAGGCUGCCAUCCAGGCUAUGAAUGGCUUCCAGAUUGGCAUGAAGCGCCUCAAAGUCCAGCUAAAGCGGCCUAAGGAUGCAAACAGGCCCUACUAA